CAGGAAGAGAAAACUGGAUCAGCGACGAGCUCACCUUCUCUAGAAUGGUUUCUCAUCUGUUUCAAGAAGGAUACGAGGAGUCCAACGCUGUUGGAAACAAGCGUUAUCUGAGCAAGGACGAAGUGAAGGAGGUGUGCUCGGCCUCGUCCAAACUCCUUCCUCCGGGAGUCUUUCAGAAGGCAAUCAAGGCCAUGAUAUGCCAGGCGCAAAUGCUGCGGGGGAUGGCGCGAGAUGCGGUGCAGAGUGAGAUUCGCUCGAUUCUGGACAUUGCUUCAGAGCACCGGGAGUCCAAGAGGGCGAGGACUGAGGAGGAAGACGCGACCGAGGUGGUAUCCAGCUCCCACGCAGUCGAGUCAGCUCCUGUCUCCACCACCGAAUGUGACACCCCGAAGGCUGAUCCAUCUAAGAAGGAUGCUGGCUUCAACAUGGAUGAGUUUCUCGCUCCUUCAUGCAGGGCUUGUGGGUGGCUAGCGUCUUCGUGUACCUGUGCUAGCCCAGGAGGCGACAACGCAGCUCCGGCAGUCUCGAACGACUCGAGCACCUCAAAGGUGGCCCAGCCCUCUGCUCAGCAAGCUGAGGAAAAAGAUUCGUCAAAGAAGGACUCUUCCGUGCAGUAGGAUGGUCGUUCUGUGUUGCUUGUGAAGCACGCAUGUUGCAUAAAAAUGCAAUGUGAUUCGUC